AUGGCCUCCCCUUUGGCUUUUAGCGAGGCAGUUAUUUCUGCACCCACUGUCCUACCAUGUUCCGGGCCCAGUGAUAACAACUUCCCCAAAAUCAACGGCAUUACUGAAAUAUCUCUUGGAGAUUUUGCUGGCGGCGGAUAUUGCUGCUACCUCGAUGGGAAUAGACCGCUAGAUUGGCUGGAGGCUCAGAAACAUGUGCAGAUAAAUCACCCUGAACGAUUUAUGAUGAUGCAGCAAAAGCGCACAGAGGAAAAUAGGACCCCUCCUAUCUCUGUGACACGAGAAAUCGUCAUUGAUCCAGUUACCGGCAAACAUGAGUUUCGUUAUCAUUCGGCACUGCUUCAAAGUCCUGUCUUCUAUGAGUUCGGUUUCUAUAGAAGUAUAGCCCAUCAUCAACUGUGGCCGGGCAAAACUUUGCGACCUAAAAAGAGAAACAGCUCUUCCUUUGUCCUCGAACAGAAAAACGAUAGGACAGCUGAAGUUGAGCGUUCCAGUGGUAUGAGCCCAUUAGAUCACGUCAAAGGUACUGUAAUCCAUCUACGAUCUAUUGUAUCAAUAAUUUGGCUAAAAUUAAUCGUGAAAGAUUUGAAAUAUGAGACUCCGAGCGGGGAUCUAUACGAGGUGCCGGGUAUUCUCAUCUCGGGUGUCAUCGAAUAUACUCUACCAGUUAGUGGUCACAUCGUUUAUUGUAAUGAUAAAGGAUUUCUUGGUGGUAAAGAAGCACAUCUCCACAUAGCAUCUGCUCAUCCUGAAAAGUGGGCGAGAUGCCGGAAGAAGUGCAAAAAAGCGUUUGAGCGAAGACACAUUACUAGUGCAUGCGAAGUCGAAGUCCCGCAACGCUCCAGUGACACAAUGGGUACUACUUAUUUUAAAGUCAGUGACGGCAAACGAUGCAGCAACUCAGAAUUUUACGUCUGGGUUGCGCACUGCCAAAGAAUAGGAGCUGAUUACUGGGAGGAACUUGAGAAACCAGAAAAAGUCGACGAAGUUCCAAAGGACACAGAUUCUAGUUCAUUGAAAACUGUUGAAAAAGAUUCGUCCGCACAACUUCUUCUUUUGGCGCAAGAGGAGAAUUUUAGACUUAGACAGGAAAAGGAGAGUGUGGAGGAAAAGCAGAAAAGUCUGUGGGAGGUAGUGAACACCUUAAACUCUGUGGUAUCCAAUCGGGGCCGCGGAAUCGAAACGAUGAAGUCAGAAAAAGAAGCUUUGGCUUCUCAGGUCGCUUCGCUUCAAGAAACCGUGAGGUCGUUGACCUUGGCCAACUUAGAUCACAAUCUCACAGAGUUCGCUGAGUCUCGUCACGCAAGUCGGCCUAGGCUGGAAAGUGACGAACCUGAACUCAUCGAUCUCAAAACACAACCUCAGGGUUCAGAAGCGCAGAUUGAACUUUUCAGAAAGCAAAAUUUGCGCAUUCAACAGAUGGAAGAGCGCACAAUGAUCGAGGAACAAAUUCAAAGAGACAAUCGUCGCUUUUUGCUAGCAAAAGUCGAAGUUCUCGAAGCACAGACCAGAGCACUCCGAGAAAAAGAUGAGAUGACCACUAUGCGGCUUGAGACUCAGCAAACUGUCAUAGAUGUCUUGAUUGCUCUCGAGCCGCGCGAUGAGCUAAAUCACAUCAAGGGCCAAGAAAUCCAGCGCCUCAAGAGGACAGUGAUUGACCAAAGACGCCAACUGCGCGCUCAAGGCCGUGAUGAAGCUGAGUCCGAUCGACAAACCCCGGAAGCUGUGGUGGAGAAUACAGAGGAGCUUCCUGUUUAUGGCCCUUUGACUUUAUACGAGACCGGCGAAGCAUUACUAGCUGAAGUCGAGCAGGACCGAGAGCGGGAAGCUGAGUCCAACAUAGCGGCCGAAGCUUCGUUAGCGAGUACGCCCCCGGAUGAAGCUUCUGUUGCUGAUAUGCAAGCAAUUACUGAUGUUCUGUUCGGAAGUCCAUCUCACACUGUUACCGUAUGCAAUGAUCAGUGUUGCGAGUAUUGA